AUGGAGUUCCGUGAGACGCUUUUAGCCGCUCAACGAAAUCAACAACAAAAAUCAUCUGUUGGCAGCACAUAUUAUAAAGCACGUUUUGACCCUCCAAGGAAAGAAAACAAACCAAGAGAUAAAUUGUCAGCUAAUAUACAAAAGUUUUUGGCGAAAAAAGAAGAAGAGGAGAGACAGAAACAAUUAGAAGCACAAAGAAAACGAGAAGAGCUACUAGCUAUGAGAGACCCCAAGGCUCUAAGAAAAAUACAGAAAACAUUGAAAGUUAUAAAGUCUGCAAAUAAGUCGGUACUAGCAGAUGCUAUUGAUAGGGAACACACUGCCGUUACCCUGGAGGGUCCGGAGCAGCCCGACCAAGAUGACUAUGGAUAUGAGUCUCAGGAAGCAGCCGCCUUAUAUGAGAAAAUGAUGCAAAAAUAUAGUAAACUGCCGGAACAACCUAAAUUUUCAUCUAGCGGUAACAAUGUAAAUAAAGAUAUAAAUGGUACUCGGGAAAGAGUGAAACAUGCUCUGCGUCAUGAAGAUGAUCCAGUCCCUCAUAAAAGACGACGAAGAACUGAAAAUGGAGACAGAGAUCUCAGUCCGCAGCAGAGAUAUGACCCAGAGGGGAAGAGAGAUGAAAAAACUGACAGACCCAAAAUAAAGAAGCCGGCCCCACCACCAAUGGAUUUUAAUCAGUUGUUGAAACUAGCUGAGCAAAAGAAAAGUGAACCAAUUGAACUGGUACCAAAGAAGGUUGUGUCAGAACCAGAACCAGAGCGGCCGAUGACCAAGAAACAGAAACGGGAAUAUGAAGAGGAAAUGGCGAGGCGACAGCGGAAACAGAUGAGAAUGGAAGCUGAAAAAUCAGGAGGACGGAAAAAUAGCCACGGAAUUGUUGCAAAAGAAGAAAAAUCAUCAGAGAGAGACAGAAAACCACAGCCUCCUGGACUUGGUCGAAUCCCAAAAUUAAGUGACAAAAUGUCAAGUACUACAAAAACUGAAGUUAAAACACAUGACAAGGAAAGAGAAAAAGAUAGACGUAGCAGCGACAGGGACAGAGGAAGAGAAGAAUUAGUGAGAAGGGAAAGAGAGAGGGCUAGAGAAGAUGCACAACGAAAAGAGAAAGAAAGAUGUAGGGAAGACGCACUAAAGAAAGAUAAAACUAAAUUAGAUAAAGAAAAGAUUGAACGAGACAAAUUAAGAUUAGACAAAGAAAGAUUAGAUAGAUUAAAAGCUGAGAGAGAAAGAAUUGACAGGGAAAUGGAAAAAUUAAAUAGAGAUAGGGAAAAAUUAGAAAAAACAAAAGCGAAGCUAGAGACGAAAACUAUAGAUAGAGAUAGGCAUCUAGAUAGAUCAAAGUUAGGUUCCAAAGAACGAGAUGUUAAAAAGAGUAUAGAUUUGAAGUCACAAAACACAUACAGGAUAGACAAAAAUUGUAACGAAAAGAAGCCAGUGCAGCAAAGAAACAGUGACUACAAAAUGAAUGGUCAGAGUUCACAGGGAAAACCAGUGCCAAAAGUAGGUAAGGAACAAAAUGUAAAUAGGUAUGAUAUUAAAGAUAAAGCUUUACUUAAACAGAGACCAGUGAAUGGUGUUGCAAGGACGGGGGAGGCGAGUAGAGGCUUACAGAAACAAUCAGACGACAAACGCCCUACUCUUAACGGAAAAGUUGCUCCAAAGAUGACAAACAGUUUUGAUUUCGAUAAACAUGUCAAUUCACUUGGUAAGAACGGCACCAAAUAUACAGUCGGUGAUGUUAAGAGGAAGCCAAAUCCUAACGACAUUAAGAAGAAACAGAAACGUCGAAUGGUAGACUCAGAUUCUGAAUAUGACUCCGAGAUGGAUGACUUCAUUGAUGAUGGAGAUGAGAAUAUGGAUUACUCCAAACAUAUUAAAGAAAUAUUUGGUUAUGAUAAAUCUAAAUACCGAGACAUGGAUGAUGAUGAUGAUCCCACGAUGGAAUCUAGUUUUGCUCGACAACAAAGAGAGGAAUAUAUAAGCAAGAAGAUUGGUAUAAUGGAAGAUUUAGAAGAUAUGAGAAUGGAAGCAAUGGAAAAAAGCAAAAAGAAGAAAUCCAGACGACUGAGUGAUGAUGACUAA